AUGAGCAUAGCAUCACUAUCAACAGAUCUUCAAGUUUGCAGAGAAUGUGCCCUUCUAGGAAACUAUGAAUCCGCUCUGAUCUACUUUCAGAGCAUAUUGCAGACUGUCCAGCAACAGACAAAGAAUGUCGCAAGUGUCCAGGACAAGAACCGCUGGUUGAGUGUAUUGCGGGAUCUGCAGAUGGAGGCGGAUCUAGUCAAGGAUGUUAAUGCGGAAUUGAAUCUAUUCAAGCGAGACCAAAAAGGAAUCUCCAAAUCCUCUAUAUUUGAUGAUACUGAAGUAGAUCCCGAUCAUGAUCCUGACGUUUGGGCUCCACCACCGCCAAGACAAGAAGUAGUCAAGACGAGUAGGACUGCGUAUCGGAAACCAAUUCCUAGAGAUGACGACGCACUACCAUCCUGGGCCAAAAACCAACCUCCAGGCCUCCCACCCAAAGCGUCAAAAGGAAAACCAUCAUCAGCAGAUUCAAACAAGUCUUUAAACAAAUCGAAAACGUCAUCGUCUAGUAAUAUAUUGGCUGCUGUUGCACCUUCAAAGAAUAAGAAGGAUGGUGGCAAGGAAUCAACACCACCAACCGCACGUAAAUCAGUCAAGAAGAAUGGAUCUGCGUCUGAAGAUAAGAGGAAGAGUGGUGCCAGUGGUGUCAAGGAUAAGGAUAAUACGAGUGAUGGAGAAGAUGCAGUUGAGGAUGGGGAGGUUAAGAAUGAACGACCAGAGUUUGACGGAACUGGAUAUGAAAAGGAUAUGGUGGAAAUGAUGAAACGAGACAUUCUAUCUGUAAACCCAAAUACGAAGUGGUCUGAUAUCGCUGGGUUACGUGAAGCUAAACAGUUACUGGAAGAGGCCAUUGUUUUGCCUUUAUGGAUGCCUGAUUUCUUUCAAGGUAUUCGAAGACCAUGGAGAGGUGUUCUGAUGACUGGUCCUCCAGGAACUGGUAAAACGUUAUUGGCUAAGGCUGUAGCUACAGAGUGUGGAACGACAUUCUUCAAUGUAACUCCCAGUGUGUUGACUUCUAAAUGGCGUGGUGAUUCAGAGAAGAUUGUUCGUCUUCUCUUUGAAAUGGCGCGACACUAUGCGCCAAGUACCAUUUUUAUUGAUGAAAUUGAUUCAGUGUGCUCGACUCGUGGUGAAGGAUCGGAGCAUGAAGCUAGUCGAAGAGUCAAAUCUGAAAUUCUCAUGCAAAUGGAUGGAGUAGCAACUGCAGCAGCUACUCCAGAAGGUGAACGAGAACCCAUUGUUAUGGUACUAGCUGCAACCAACUUCCCAUGGCAGAUUGAUGAGGCCUUGAGACGGCGGUUGGAGAAGAGAAUAUACAUUCCACUUCCAGACGUGGAAUCACGACGUGAACUACUACGAAUCAAUUUAAAACAAGUACCGUUGGACCCAGGAGUUGAUUUGGAUGAGCUGGCUAAGCUUUUGGAGGGGUAUUCUGGUGCUGAUAUUACUAAUAUAUGUCGAGAUGCAAGUAUGAUGGGUAUGAGACGGAGAAUACGAGGCUUGCCAGCUGAACAGAUCAAGUCUAUUUCCAAGUCCGAACUGGAAAUACCAGCUACUAUGGAAGAUUUUGUGGCAGCCAAAUCAAGAAUUCAGUCAUCGGUGUCGCAGGCUGAUAUACGUAAAUACCAAGAUUGGAUGGAGGAGUUUGGAAGUGCUUAA